AUGGAGCAGAACGUGGAACCGAAACGAUUGCCGCGGAACGUCGAGAUGGAGAGGAGACGAAGGGUUUAUCGAAAUUUAAAAAUCGAGGACGCUUUGGACGCCGAGGGCGUCGCCGCGAAGGAAAUCCUACAACCGUCCGCAAUUUCAUCGAUUCUAUCCCGCGAGGAUAUCUACGGGUUGUUCGCCACCGCUCAUCUCCUCCCGCUCGAGAUUUUCGACGACCAAGAAUACGAUUGCAGAACGACGGAGGAUUGGAUAAACCUUGGCAUAAUCGACGGAGUAUCGUACCCGUUGCCAGCCACAGUCUUCGUUCCAAGGUACCACGAGGAGGACGAGAGAUUUCGGCGGAUCGAUGAUCUGGCAGGGCAUUUGUUUGCUUGGCACAACGCUGCUGUUAUCAGUUACGAUAGCAGGAAGAAAUUGUGGACGGUGCUCACUCUGGACGGGAGGAAACGGAAAUACUUUAUACCGAGGAUCUAUAUCCGGUUCUACGCGGAGGACCCGAGGAUCUUCGCUAAAAGAGUGGCCGCUGCUGUCGAGCACAGACGAAUCGCCGAAGCUUCUAUAAAGUGA